CCUCCUCACAACCACCAGAGACCUGCUGGUUGCAGCUGUCAGGGGCAGCAUUGAAGCCAGACCGGCCGAGGAACUCUUUUGAAUGGCUAGGACGGCUCCAAGAGCGGAACUAUGGGCUACGGGGAAGUCCUCCAUCACCGUGGGAACGAGAAGGACCAGGUCCAUCUCAAUGUGGGCGGAGUUCGCCAUAGAGUGGAAGCGCACACGCUGCUCCGCUUCCCUCGCACGCGCCUGGCCCGCCUGCUGCACUGCCAGAGUGAGGACGCCAUCCUGGAGCUGUGCGACGACUACAACCCGAUGGAGAGGGAGUACUACUUUGACAGGAACCCCCGGGUUUUCCUCUGCGUGCUCAACUUCUACCACACGGGACGCAUUCACAUGAUGGAGGAGUUCUGCGUCUUCUCAUUCAGCCAGGAAAUCGAGUACUGGGGCAUCCAGGAGCUGCACCUCGGCCCCUGCUGCAACAACUGGUACCACGAGAGGAAGGACUUCAUAGAGGACAGGGACUGGGACAUUCGGAGCGAUGACCAGCAGCCGAGCUUCGACUCCUCCUUUGAGGAGCUCUCUGCUCUUGAUAAAGAUCUUGAAAAGUUCAAAGGCGCCUGGUGUGCGGAGGUGAGGAGCUACGUUUGGCUCAGGCUGGAGGAUCCGGCUCACUCCACGGCUGCCAAGGUCAUUGCUGUGGCGUCCCUCAGCGUGGUCUUGACCUCCAUCAUUGCCAUGUGUGUCCACAGCAUGCCUGAGUUUCAGCGAGUGGACGACAACGACAAGCCCAUCGAGGACCCCGUUCUCAUAGUGCUGGAGGAGAUAUGCAUUGCUUGCUUCUCGGCAGAGUUCAUCAUCCGCCUGAUUGUGGCUCCCUCCCGCAAGAAGUUCCUGGGCAACCCUUUGAACAUCAUCGACGUUGCUUCCAUUCUGCCAUUUUAUGCCACUUUAGCCCUGCAGACGGCCGAUGAAGAAACCGCCGAGGAGAACGAGGACCUGGAAAACGUGGGAAGGGUGGUGCAGGUUCUGCGGCUCAUGAGGGUCCUCCGAAUCCUCAAACUGGCCCGCCAUUCCAUUGGGCUGCGAGCUCUGGGCGCCACUGUGCGCCACAGCUACCACGAAGUGGGUCUGCUCAUUCUCUUCCUCUCUGUGGGCAUCUCUGUCUUCUCUGCGCUUAUCUACUUUGCAGAGAAAGAGGAGAAGGACACAGAUUUGGGAACCAUCCCCGCCGGCUGGUGGUGGGCCUUGAUCACCAUGACCACCGUUGGUUAUGGCGAUAUAUGCCCGGUGACCGUGGGAGGAAAGCUCGUGGCCACCGUGAGCAUCAUCUGCGGCUUGCUGGUGGUUGCUCUGCCAAUUUCUGUCAUCUUUAAUAAGUUUUCAAAGUACUAUCAAAGAAACAAAGCCCUGGAGGGGAAGGGGAUCACCAAACCUGAGAGACAGGACCCAGAACUGCCUUAUUAUAACAUCAGAGACCUGUUCAUCAGAGGCAGUGUGUACCCUUUUCUAGGAAGCAUCGCCUUCAGGAACAGUGUUAGCAGUACAGGGGAUAAUACCGAUGCCUCCAGCCUCCAGGACAUGGAGGUGUAUGAUCCCGAUAAUGGUGCCGCAAAAUGAGUUUUCCACCAUUUUGCAGAAUAUCUCCUCAUGACGGUAAAACACUCCGUGCCUCAGAGGCCUGAGUGCUUUAUCACUGUCCUUGGCAUCCCGCUUUGACUUUCGUCAGACAGAAAACAACUGAAUUUUUUUUUACUCUGUUCACUGUCGAAAAAUCUCCGAAACCCAAAGGGAAUUCCUGAACUUUGCUUUGAAAGCCCAUUUUCUUUCUGAGAAAACUGCAGCGAUGCAUGCGGGAAGCCAUAAUGAUAAUGUUUCUCAAACUAAUGUUCUGUAUUGAUUUGUGCGAAAAGUUCAAGCUGAGCUGCAAGAGGCGGAAAUGACAAAAAAACACUGUUUCACACUUGAAAAGUUACAGAUGUGCAUGACUGGAUAUAAAUACAUUUUGAAAGCAAGUUCUAAAAUAAAGUUAAAUGGUUCUAAAAUAUUGAGAUUGCUGCACAUCCAUGACAUUUGUUAAAUUAAGUAGUGGUCAUUUUGUUCGGCAUGCAGACUCAAGAGAAAAACGUUUAAAGAGGAACUAAAAGAAACAAACACAAAUGUUCUUUAACAUUCUGUUCCUGCAAGUAUUGAUCUCCUUUGCGGUGUUUGCACUUUGAUGAGCUGCUGCAAGAAGUUUGGGUUUCAAAUGUGCUCAUAAAGUAUUACAGAAUUAGCCUUUUCAAUGUUAUUUCUAUUGAUUUGAUUGUUGCUUUUGUUUUUAAAUUCAAAGUAAUCUUUUUGAAAUAGAUUUCAAAGUAUCUGCUAAACAAACGAACAAAUAAAAACCUAAUUUUG